AUAAUAAAAUCCCGCGCGCUCGUUGCUUCAGCUCUGUAGAGCUUGUUCUUUCACAUCACGAGUUCCUUCUAAUUCUAUCAUCAUGACAGACAUCAGUGACCUAGACAGGCAGAUAGAGCAGUUGCGAAGGUGUGAAGUGAUAAAAGAAAGUGAGGUAAAGGCCCUCUGUGCAAAAGCCCGAGAAAUUCUUGUGGAGGAGAGUAAUGUUCAGCGAGUUGAUUCUCCGGUUACAGUAUGUGGCGAUAUCCAUGGACAGUUUUAUGACUUGAAAGAGCUCUUCAAAGUUGGAGGGGAUGUCCCAGACACAAACUACCUAUUUAUGGGAGACUUUGUAGAUCGAGGAUUUUACAGUGUGGAAACAUUUCUCCUUCUCCUCGCCCUCAAAGUGCGGUACCCAGACAGAAUCACGCUAAUCCGUGGAAACCAUGAAAGUAGACAGAUAACACAAGUGUAUGGUUUUUAUGAUGAGUGCUUGAGGAAAUAUGGUUCAAUCACAGUUUGGCGUUACUGCACAGAAAUCUUUGACUAUCUAAGUCUUUCUGCCAUCAUUGAUGGAAAGAUUUUCUGUGUUCAUGGUGGACUAUCGCCUUCCAUUCAGACUCUUGAUCAGAUCCGUGCAAUCGAUCGCAAACAAGAAGUUCCCCAUGAUGGUCCUAUGUGUGAUUUGCUUUGGUCAGAUCCAGAGGAUAUGCAAGGAUGGGGAGUAAGUCCACGAGGGGCAGGCUACUUGUUUGGAAGUGAUGUGGUGUCGCAGUUUAAUGCAGCUAACGACAUUGACCUCAUAUGUCGUGCCCAUCAGCUGGUGAUGGAGGGCUACAAGUGGCAUUUUAAUGAAACAGUUUUGACAGUGUGGUCAGCACCCAACUACUGUUACAGGUGUGGAAAUGUGGCAGCUAUAUUAGAGCUGGAUGAGCACCUACAAAGGGAUUUCACAAUAUUUGAAGCUGCUCCCCAGGAGGCUCGAGGUAUACCAUCCAAGAAACCACAGCCAGACUACUUCCUCUAGACACUUCAUCAUCAUCUCGUGUCUCUAUCACCACUUACCACUGUCAGUCCAUUUGUCUUGGGGUAACACUGCUUCCAUAAGAGUCACUGAAUCACGAUGCUUUGGAUCACCUGCUUCAACACUCUUGUCAAGACUGAUGCAUCAUGAGACUUAGUCAUGAAGAAGAAGUGUUUUGAUUAUGCACCCCUAAGCCAUGCUGUCAGUUUGCGUCUUCCCUCGUUUGCAUGUACAGCAAUGGUACCAAAGUGACAGUACAGCAAUUGGCAGUAUUUACUGGCUCGUUAUAAGUAUCCAAAUGGAAGACAACUUGAAAUACAAUAUAUGAAGAAUUCUUGUUUUUCCUUGAAAUUGUAUAACGUGCAAUGCUAGCAAUGAGACUGAUAACAUCACCUACAUUUUUUUUAGCGUCAAGCAUGAUGUUGAGCAUUUGCACUUUCUCCUUUGAUAGAGGACAUUUUGGCUUGCAAGUUUUCAUGGUAUACCAUAAAUUAUGCUGAAAUUAUUUUGUCCUAGCUUUUUUUAUCUUUGGGUUUUAUCUUUUUGGCUGUUAUGUUGCUAUCGCAUGUCAGUGUUGCAAGUUUUUCAUGUACCAACAUUGCCAAAUAGUAGGGUGUACACGCGGUUUAUUUUUCAACGACCAGAUAUUGACCCACGUUGAUUUGUUUCUUGUGGUUCUUCUUGGGCUUUGUUUUAAGGCUUCUCUGGUCAGAUCUGUUUUGUAUAGAAAGCAGGUGAAUGCAGGACCAAAUUAUAUGCUUGAGCUGUGCAUUAUGAGGGGAAAGAGUUUAUUUCAUGUGAAAGUUAAACUGUAAAUGAUUUUGGCUACUUAAACUUGUUUUUCUGAUCUAUAUUUAGUGUUUGUGUUAUUAAAAGUAAAUUUUUGCAGGCAACAGGACAUGAUGGUAACUGUUCAUACAUGAAAUUCCAGUCAAAGAUUUUAGGUUUGUUAAGGAAAACUUGCUUUAUUAUUAACUUGUUACUGUUGGCACAUGCAUGAGACUGAUUCACAACCAUUUCUCUCUACAAAAGGUUUCUGCAGUAUUCUAGACAGCAAAUUUAUUGCAGGUGCAAACUUUGGCAAAUGGCAAAUGGAAAUGGCAAAGUUUGUGAUUUAAAAAAAACAACAACCAAAAUAUCCUAAGCUCAGGAUGUCCUGGAACGUUUGCGACGUUGAAGAUCUGUAUUUAUAUUUAUGUCUUGUUUUGCUCAGUCUGGUCAGAAUUUUAAAUGAAAUUUGUAGUCUGCUGAUUGUAAAUUGAAACUGUGUACUAUAUACUCCUCGCAAAAAUAAGGAGGAUAGGCUUAAAAUAUCCAUUCCCCUGAUUAAAAAACUGGUAAAUUCGCAUCAGCUCAACUUUCAUCAUCAUGUUGCUAUAUGGUUGUCCACAAUGCAGAUUAUACAUUAAGCUCUAAUGCUAUUGAAUGGAAAAUCUAUGCUGUCAUGUCACCAGUAGCGAGAUCCUGGGGCAGAACUGAUUCCCAGCCCCUUCCUCUACCAAAUUCAUUUCUCAUUGCACCAGUAUUUCCUAAUUCCAAGCCCACUCUUCACAGCACCCAUUAUGCAAAAAAAAAAAAAAGGCUGCUCAAAUGAGAUUCUGAUGUCUGUGUUGGUUGUAUUGUCUGUUCUUGACUUUAAUCUGGGCGAUAAGCUGUACACAUGAUGCCCGAAAGAUCAAAAAUGGAAGUGCUUCUUUACUUGUAACUUAAAAUUCUGUCUGCAAAAAAUAUGGGCCAAGUAUGAGCUGUACAGUUUUGAAUCUGUUUUUGCAAUUGUUCUCUUUUCAUCAUUUUCAUUUGUACACUAAUGUCCAAGUCAUUUUCAGGGGACCUCAUGCAUGUGAAAGAAUGCCAGUGUAAUGGCAAUUUGCCCACUUACACUUUUAACAAUAAAUGAAACGAACCAGAUUGUAAACAA